CAGCGGGCUGAAAGAGCUGCGCCUCGCUGCUCGCUAUGGCCCGCCUGCUGCUGCUGCUGGGCCCCGCGAGCAGGGCGGGCGCCCGCGUCCAGCCUCGCGCCUCCUGGCUCCUGGGCGCCACCGCCCCCUGCGCCCCGCCAACCCUAUUCCUGCCGCUGCUGCGACCCGGGCCAGACGCCCGGCUGCUGUCGUCCGUGGCCCGUGGGGACGGCGGCGGCCGCCAGGACCCCAGCAAAACCACUGCGACCACAGGCAGCCGUGUGAGCGAUGUGGAGGAGAAAAAGCAGAGCAAGUCCCAGCAGCUGAAGAAGGUCUUUCGAGAAUACGGAGCCGUCGGCGUGGGCCUGCACGUUGGGAUCUCCCUGGUCUCCCUGGGCAUGUUCUACCUGCUCGUGUCAAGUGGCGUGGACGUGCCCGCGGUCCUGCUCAAGCUCGGGCUGGGAGAGUCGCUGGUGCAGUCGAAGAUGGCCACGGGCACAGGCACCUUCGUGGUGGCCUACGCCAUCCACAAGCUGUUCGCGCCAGUGAGGAUCAGCAUGACCUUGGUCUCCGUGCCCCUGGUCGUCCGAUACUUUCGGAGGGCGGGACUGUUUAAGCCUCCCGCUGCAAAGCCCUGAAGAGCUAGCCCUUCGACAGGGGGGCCUGGAAACCUAUUUCUUUUACUUUACACAUUUGGGUUGGUUUUGGGAUCGUGGGGUUUUGGUUGUUUUUCUGGUGGGGCUGGGGGGCUGGGGCUACUUUCUGUUCUCUUGGGUGUUUUACUUUUGCCGGCAAAAUUCAGGUGUUUGAAUGAUUGUCAUUUUUUUCCUUUAUAAAUUUUGUUCCAUUUUAGAAAUGUAUCAUAGGGCUUGUAUUUAUCAUAGAGUUUGUAUACGUGGUCUAAAAUGUCAGCAACACAGCACAGAUGGGUCGUCAUCGUAAGCCGUUGUCGGCUUCCCCCGCGUUCCUCUGGAAGAUCGUUGGCGAGGGUUGUUCUGCAGUUCAAGUUCUUGAAGAGCCACGAAGGAUUCAUUCAGCCGAUUUUAAAACUCCCUUCCCACAGUGUUUGUUGCCAGGCUGCCUGCGGCUUAAUGUGCAAUACUCCGCAGCACGGCUGCGGGCGCCACAAUUCAUGGAGCAGAAGGGAAGGCGGGACCCUCCGUCAUCGGGACCCGAGUCAGCGCCAUCGCCCUCGCGCUCGGUACACGUGUCUGAGGGAAAAGAGAACAAGGACACCUGGUGUGUCUCCUUGGCCCCCAAGUCCCCUCACAUGGGGACAGGAUGGGGGCCUGCCUCAGGGGCUUUUUCUCAAAUUUCAGGGAAGUAGCUCAGGGUCAUUUUCUCCUUUUGGGUAAAAUGUGGAAACGUGCCCCACAGCGAUGGCAUCCCCAGCCCCCCGACGCCCGUGUCCUCAGAGGAGCGCGGACACUGCGCACACGCAAAGCCGAGACAAUCUUUGCCUAAACUAACCCUCUGUGUCUCGAACUCCAGACAUUCCAGCACUGUCCCCGUGUUUACAUUGUGUUGCUACUUCCGUUUUUCAAUUGAGUUCAAAUUAUGUGCAGUUAAAAAAAAUUUUUUUUGACUCUCUCUCUGAAAAGGAAAGUUAGUCGCACUUGCCAUAAGUGGAAGACAAGUGUGAAAUAAUAGCAGCUGGGAGGGAGGGCAGGACUUGCUUCCCCCUCCCUUCCUGCUGGCCGUGUGCCAUUUCAGGCUGCCGCUGCCACCGCUGCAGCUGUUCUCACGCUGAGCCGGCUCUGGCUCGGGAACCCCGUUUAACCAGUUCCGCCCUGCCCCCCUGCACAGGGCAGCUCCUUGUGUCCAACUUCCUGGCACCUGUGUUUUUGUUUAAUUACAUUCGGGACAAACAAAACUAAAACUAUAAGCUAAUGCCCCGAUUUUCUGAUCUAGCUGCUGACAGUCCCUCGUUGGCUGUUGGUGACCCAUGUCUAUUGCUUAAGUUUCAAAACAAAUCAUGAUGGGACAGAUUCCCCACUUGCAACGUCUCCAAAGUGGAUCCAUAUCCCCCCCCCCCCCCCCCCCUUUUAAAGCAAUUGGCUCAUUGCCAAAAGGUUUUGCCUCCUUAGAAGUCGGAACUGCCUUUCUGGGACCUAAGUCUGAGGACACCCGCACGGCCGGGCGAGGUGCCCGAUGACCAGUGCGAGGUCCUACCUCCAGCGGACCCACCAGCCCGGCGACAUCCUCAUCUGGGCUGGUCUUCCUUUCAGCCAUGGGCUCUGGGCCCCUGGCCCCCUCCUACACCUGCCUCCCUACCAGACAGACCCCUAGAAUGCCUAUGCAGAAAAGCUGACAGGGACUCCCACAGGUUUAAGCGCUUAAAUCUUAACCUCUGACUCUGGAGUAAUGUGAAUGGACUGGAUGGGCAAAAGCAAUAAAACAAAUCACCCCGUCAAACAGCCAUAGGGUCCCUUCUACGCCCGGACUCACUCGGCCCCUGUCCCGCAGCCCGCGGCCAGGACGGCAGAGCUGGGGAGGGGGAGGGACUCAAGGAAUCACCGUCGGUGCGCCGUCAGGAUGCGCACACUGCUUGUAUUUACGCUGCUUUUAUGCCGCUGGGAAUAAAAUGAUCUAUUUUAAAGACGUAAA